UCAGAACUGGAGCUUUAAAACAGCACCCAGUCCUGGCCUUGCAAAUCGAGUCCGGCUGCUUCUCGGUGUGGGAGAAGUUCCCUCUGGCGGUGGCGGGAUAAGCGGGCUCCACCCCAGCUGCUGAAAUGUGAUACACGUUGUCACAGAACCGGAAGCUAGCCGGCUGUCUUGCUUCUCAAGAUGGCCGUGCCGGGACUCGCGGUUGGCACCGCCGCCCUCCUGCUGCUCGUCGCCGUUGUGGCUCCUUACCCCAAUGGAAAAGUCACCGAGUCCUGCCACAACAUGGUUCCUCGGCACGACCACACCCCGCACCCCGAUCCUGUGCACAGCGUGGCCGUGAGCCAGGCCACGUUCUCGCCGGGGGACCACCUCAAAGUGACGCUGUCCGGGCCGGAGUUCAAAGGCUUUCUCCUGGAGGCGCGGGACGCCGAGCAUUUGAGCGGCUCUCCGAUUGGCUCCUUCACUUUGAUUGACAGCGACGCGUCCCAGCUCCUGACCUGUGAAGACAGAGAGGGGUCGGCAGUGAGCCACACAAAUGCACACAAGAAGACAGAGAUUAAAGUCCGGUGGAAUGCUCCCCAGGGCGCCCCGAACCACAUCCAGUUUCUAGCCACGGUUGUGCAGAAGUACAAAACCUACUGGGUGAAGAUUCCCAGUCCUGUGAUUUCCCAGCCAAACGCACCUCCCUUCUCAACACCUGAACCUACGGCAGCACCUUUGUCCACCUUUCCUCCCGUCUCCCACUUAACCAAACGAUUCAGUGCCUCCGACUGUGGGAACAAGAAGUUCUGUGUCCGGAGCCCAGCGGCCUGUGACCCGGAGAAGGAGAGCGACUGCAUCUUCCUGUCCUUCGCCCGAGACGGCCAGUCCGUGGCCGUGGAACUGAGCGGUCCCAGCAGAGGCUAUCUGUCCUUUGCGCUUUCUCACGACAGAUGGAUGGGGGACGACGACGCUUACCUGUGUGUUCGGGAAGAGCAGACCGUGCGCGUCCAGCCCUCCCGCCUGAAGGGGCGGAGCCACCCCGUGCUGGAGUCCUGGGACGCCCUGGAGGACAUGGCGUGGAGGCUGGAGGACGGCGUCAUGCAGUGCUCGUUCAGACGGAACGUCACCCUUCCCGGGGUGGGGAACAGAUUUGACCUGAACGCCAGCUACUACAUAUUUCUGGCCUCUGGCGCCGCCGAGGAAGGUCAAAUUUAUAGGCAUUCGCAGCAGCCCCUGAUCACGUACGAAAAGUACGAUGUGACGGGCCACCCGGAGGACGUGGGAGGGUCCCACUGUCCGCUCCUUCUGAAGGCCCACGGUGCCCUGAUGUUGGUGGCCUGGGUGGCUGCCGUUAGCAUCGGGGUGAUCGUCGCCCGGUUCUUCAAGCCUGUGUUGUCACACCCCGUCUUUGGCGACGCAGCUUGGUUUCAGGUGCACCGCGCGCUGAUGCUCACCACCUGCGUCCUCACCGGCAUCGCCUUCGUCCUGCCCUUCGUGUACCGGGGAGGCUGGAGCAGGCGUGCAGGUUGUCACCCCUACCUGGGCUGCACCGUGAUGACCAUGGCGGUCCUGCAGCCCGUGCUGGCAGGCUUCCGGCCCCCUCUGCACGACCCCAGAAGGCACCUGUUUAACUGGACUCACUGGGGCAUCGGAACGGCUGCCCGAAUCAUAGCAGUGGCAGCGAUGUUCCUGGGCAUGGACCUCCCAGGGCUGAGCCUCCCCGGCCCCUGGAAAACCUACACGAUGCUGGGGUUCGUGGCCUGGCACGUUGGGGCUGAGAUCGUCCUGGAGAUACACGCCUACCGACUCUCUCGGAAAGUUGAAAUACUGGACGACACCAGAAUCCAGAUCAUCGAGCCGUUCACCAUAGCGGACGCAGAAGGCCACGCUUUCAAGAAGGCGGUGCUGGCGGUGUACACCUGCGGGAACCUCACCUUCCUCCUCAUCUUCUUAGCCGCCAUCUACCGCCUGUGA